CUUAGAUAUGGCGAGAUAAUCAAAAGUCAUACGAUGCGGUCUCACCCGGGUUUCGCUUCAGUUUCCCUGCUCUCCCCUGAACAAGUCGGAGAAUAUUAGGAAAAAAGCAUGCCAAUUCCCUAAGGCAAAGGUUUAUAACUAUCUCCUCGCUCACCAGAGAUCCUAGUACUUUCAUAUCCUUUCUCCACUUUCCCCAGAUUCUCGUCAUUUUGCCACUCACUCACCCCAUCUCGCCAACCAUCUUGCUGUUUUGUUCACCACUUCAUGCACUUCCUCAUUUACUCAUUGCACCCAAUCCAGUCCACUACCUAACCAGCCAGCAUGUCAUUUAACUACCCUAAUGGGACAACCAUCCUCCCUCAACGUACCAUCGACGUUGUGGGCUUCGGGAAAGUCGCCAUCGUAACCGGCUGCGCAUCAGGCGUCGGUUUGGCCACAGCCCAAGUCUUCCUCAGCCACCAAUACGAAGUCCUCGGUGUCGAUAUCAUGGAUAUGGAGUAUUCGAAGAUCGACCAGCGAGAUCAGGGCAGGUUUCAUUUCCAUAGAUGUGAUUUGAUCGAAGAAGGGGGUUGUGAUGAGGUGGUUAGGAUAUGUGUUGCGAAAUUUGGACCGAAAAUCGACGUCCUAGCAAAUGUAGCAGGAGUCAUGGACGCAUUCGAAGCAAUCGACAUCUACAGCGAUGCAGAAUGGUCACGCAUCAUGAGCGUCAACUUAACAGUGCCAACACGAAUGAUUCGCGCAGUCAUCCCGUUCAUGAAAGCGAAGAAGAAUGGUUCAAUCAUAAACGUAGCCUCCAAAGCAGCUGUCUCAGGUGCUGCAGCUGGAUUGGCCUACACGACUUCCAAGCAUGGGCUGCUUGGCGUGACGAAGCAUACGGCGUGGAGGUUUAGAGAUGAAGGGAUUAGAUGCAAUGCUGUAUUGCCUGGAACAAUGGAAACGAAUAUCAAAGCUUUCGAGAAGAGCGACCAUUUCGAUGAAGCUGGCUUCGCUGCGCUCCGUCCAAUAUGGGAGCUGCACAACCCAGUAGGAGAAACACCAAGUAUUACGUCCACUGAAGUAGCGAACGUGAUCUUAUUCCUCGCUAGCGACGGUGCAAGAGCCAUCAAUGGUGUUGCGCUACCAAUUGACAAGGCUUGGGGAGUAAUCUGAAGGUUGUCUGGGAACCAAGCGUAGCAUUAGCUGUGGAGUCUUCGAGGAUUUGGAAGCUUAGAGGCUUGUGUUGCGUAUUUACGUCCGUGUUUCUAUGUAUUUUUGUUCACGGGUCUUGCUAGAAUUCAACGUCAAUGGAAAAGAAAACCUAGC